AUGUCCACUGGUCCGCAUACACCAAUGGAAGAAAACGACAUUUCUAUGAUAACUCACGAAAUCGUGGUCGAUAGUAUAGUACCAGAAAGUGAAGACCAUUAUAUGGUAGAGGAACGACCACAUCGUAGUAGUAGAGGGGACGAGGAAGACACUUAUAGGAAUAGACGACGAAGAACAAGCAGUAGAUCUCAGUCGCCUCCACCUCGCAAACGUUCCCAUACACCCAUUGCGCGUCGUUCCAGGUCACCUAGACGUUCCCCUCGGCGCUCACGUUCUCCACGCUCUCAACCACGAGAAGGUGCAGACUCGUAUCGUCCUUCUCGUCGUUCAUCGCAUAAUGAUCAUUAUGAGCCGGCAGACCGACGAGAUCGAGACGCAGAAAGAGAUAGAGGGGAUCGCGAUAGAGGAACUAUAGCUGCUUCUCAGCGAUCACAAAAAGAAUGUAGAGUAUAUGUUGGGAAUUUAGCGUAUGAAGUAAAAUGGGGACAAUUAAAAGAUUUCAUGCGUCAAGCCGGUGAAGUUGUUUUUGCCGAUGUUUUGUUGCAGCCUAAUGGCAUGUCUAAGGGCUGUGGUGUUGUUGAAUACCGUACCCCAGAAGAAGCAAGACGAGCUAUUGAAACACUAAAUGAUACCUCGCUUCUUGGACGACCAAUAUUUAUUCGCGAGGAUCGAGAAUCUGAAGCUAAAUUUGUUAAUGGAAGACAAAUUUUCGUAGGGAAUAUUCCUUAUUCGGUCGGGUGGCAAGAACUAAAAGAUUUAUUUAGGAAUGCUGGAAGCAUCAUUCGUGCGGAUAUUCUCAUUGGUCAUGAUGGGAGAUCAAAAGGCUCCGGAACGGUAUUAUUUGAGACGCCAAAAGACGCUUCACACGCAAUCUCGUUAUACGAUGGGUACGAAUGGAAUGGGAGAAGGAUUGAAGUCCGUGAGGUGGGACGUUGUUUGGUUAUGUUGUAUUUGGGUUUAUUAUUGGGUGGUAAUAAAAGAAGGAAUGUGGUGAGGGAGGAAAAAGAAGGCAAAUUUUGUAGUAGUAAGGGGAUGCUGAUAUUCGAAGAGAAAAGAAGGGUUGAAAUAGUAAAAAGAAGGGAAUUGGAUCGUUUUGCUGGAGGACCACCACCACCCAGAUUUGCCGGGCGUCCAAAUUCUCGUCCAUUUACCGCUUCAUCUUUUGGCGCCGCCGGAUCAAAUAAUGGAUUCUAUGGACCAGCAACGGCGGCAAACGCGCAACCAGGUGGUGGAUUCGGAACUAAUUUUUCAUCGUCGAAUUUAAACGUAGCUGCUUCCGCAGCCACAGUUGCCACACCAGAACAGUAUGAUGGUUAUGGUGGCGGGAGUGCUGGAUAUAAUGACUUUGGAUCAGGUGUCACAAUGAUGGAUUACACGAACAGUGGUUAUAAUGCAGGAUACGGCGGUCCAUUUGGAGGCAGUAAUGGAUCACAAAUAUUUGUCAGAAAUCUUCCCUUCACUACAACAAAUCUCGAUUUAAGAGACCUCUUUAAGCAUUGUGGAAAUGUUAUGAGGGCAGAAAUCUUGGAACAAGGUGGACGACCUAAAGGCGCAGGAAUAGUACAGUUUGACUCUUAUGAUUCUGCACGACUUGCUGUUGAAAAAUUCAACGGAUACUCGUACGGUGGUCGUCUUAUUGACGUCUACUUUGAUCGAUUUGCAUGA